AAAAAAAAUGCCGUGGUCCAUCGUUCUCCCCCAGGCGAUCUUCGCCAACCCCCUCCUAUCCGUGGUGACGCCCAUCACCACCGGAACUCUGAUCGGCAUCCAGACCAACCGCCAAGCCAAGACGAAGCAGGUUUACAGCACGCUCAAGAAACCGCCCUUGUACCCGCCCCCUUGGGUGUUCGCGCCCGUCUGGACCAUCCUCUAUGGCAUGAUGGGGUUCGCGGCGCAUCAUGCCACGGUGUCCGGGUCGAUUAAUACGUACGCGUCUUCGACCAUCCUGCAGGAUUGGGCGGCCAGUUCGCAGGCGCUGUAUACCUCGCAGCUGAUGCUGAACUACCUGUGGAUGCCCCUGUUCUUUGGGCUGCGCAAGCCGGGCUGGGCGCUGGCGGAUAUCUUGCUGCUGGGGGGGAAUGUUGCGGUGCUGAUGCACUCGUGGUGGAAGCAUGAUCGCGUGGCGUUCUGGCUGAUGGCGCCGUAUGCGGCGUGGUUGGGCUUUGCGACUUACCUGAAUGCUGGGGUGGGGGUGUUGAAUGGAUGGACGAUUGGGGGUCGGAAGAAGGAGGAGUGAUUGUUGGAUUGGUGGAAGGUCGACCCUCACACACUGUCAUACCUAUGGAGGUGUUUCUUUUUUUUCGGAGUUUAUUUCCUGGUCAGGGAUUCUGCUGGACAUGAUUACUGCUGCUACUUUCAACCGAAGUAUAUAUCUGAAUCUGAUCCACCCAGCUGGUGGCUAUCUAAGUGAAU